UAUUUAAUAAGCUACUACUUGUUAGAAAAAUGCUAUACUUCAAAUCAUAUACUUUUAAUAGGAGUGGUUAUUCUACCAGCAGUUUUUUUAUGGGUAAUUUUGAUUCCAGGCAUAUUAAUGUGGAAAAUUUGGAGCAAAUCUUAGUUGCAGGAUAAUUUUUCAUAAGAAUUUUAUUUAACAAAAAAAGUAUUAAUUAAUUAUAACAUUUACAAUCAUUUAAAAAUUUAUUUUAAUAAAAGUAUGGAUUUCUUUUUUAUGGCUAUAAAAGAAAUUUUUAUUUAUGGGAAUUUUUAUCUAUGAAUUUAAGACUAAUAUUAGUGUUUCUUGUGUAAUAUUUUGAUGAAGAUAUUCUCAGCAGAGCCUCUUUAAUGUUGGUUUUCCUUUACUUGUAUCUUAUGCUUUUGCAAAAACAUAAA